GAUGGAAAAUAUAUACUAAAGUAGAAGUAUCUACAAGUAAAAAAAAGAAAGAAAAAAAAAAGUAGAAGUAUCCAUAAUAUACACACUACGGCAUACAAUAUCAUUACCUGAAGAGAGAGAGAGAGAAUUGAAGUUGGAGGUUUGUAUGGUGUAUUGCCAAUCAUUUCAGCAGCUGACUUAUGGACCGACAAAUCGGGCUCAAACAAGGGGACCCUGCUGCUUUGUCACACCCAACUUUAAUCUCCAAUUUGAAAAGAAAAAAAAAAGGGUAGCAAUUAUUUAAUUAAAUAGUACAUGGGCUAAUUGUGUAGGCAAAUAAAAGCGAUCAAAUUAAGAAAAACCGUUUCUCAUCAAGUGUUGAAUUAACAAUAUAAUUAUGUAAUUUGAUCAAUCUAAUCUGUAUCUCUUUCAACAACUCCCUUAUUAUAUUUUUGACCUUUUGGCACUUAAUUACCUUUAUGCAUUUCCUGUCUCCAUUCUCCUUUUACUUUUUUGCUUUUGUCUGAAUAUAUAUCAUUCAAGAUCCCACAAAUUCUUCUUGUCUUUCUGCACAAUAUAAAUUCACCCAUAAUUGUGCUCCUCUCCAAUAUCUCUGUAAUUAUUGUUUGCAGAUUUCAUGGAGAUUUUGAAUCCUAAUUCUACUUGCUUGGAACUAUCCAUAGCCAUGCCGGGCUUCUCCUCUUCCCCAUCUUCUUCCGAGGCAAAAGGUGAGAUGAAAUUACUGGACAUGAAUGAAGCGCCGUCAAGAUCAGAAGAAGAAUGCGUGGAAGAAGAAGACGAAGACUGCCCAUACGGCGGCGGAGGCCCGAUUCCGAGGAAGAAACUCCGCCUCACAAAAGACCAGUCUCGUCGUCUUGAGCAAAGCUUCCUACAAAAUCAAGCCUUAAGCCCCAAAGAGAAGGAGGCUUUGGCAGUGGAAUUGAGAUUGAAGCCAAGGCAAGUGGAGGUGUGGUUUCAGAACCGUAGAGCAAGGAGCAAGAUGAAGCAAACAGAAAUAGAGUGUGAAUAUCUGAAGAGGUGGCUUGGAGCACUGACCGAACAGAAUAGGAAGCUGCAAAAGGAGGUGGAGGAGCUCCGCUUCAUCAAGGCUGCGCCGCCACCCCGCCAGGUAUCUGCCCUUACUAUGUGUCCUCGUUGUGAGCGUACCACUCUCCUUGACAAGGGCCGUGCCACCACCGCCGCCUCAUCGGAGGGUAAAGUCCCAUUUCUUCGGCACUCCUCCGAUCCGUUAGUAAUAUAUAAGUAGUCAAUUUUAAUUUUCUGAUUAGUGAGGCACUAAUUAGCUUAUCAUAGCAUAUAUAUGCUCAAGUAGUGUUGAUAUCAUAUUGUAUAUAAGCUAUUUUUUCUCUUUAAUUGUGUUGUAAUUGUACUAUUUAACGUGGUGCUUAAUUAAACCAAAACAAUCAUGUUCUAAUCAAACUUAGAUUUGUAUGUAA